AUGUCUCUGACCAAGGCAGAGAGGACCAUCAUCCUGUCCAUGUGGGACAAGAUCUCCACUCAGGCGGAUGCCAUUGGCACUGAGGCCCUGGAGAGGCUCUUCGCCAGCUACCCGCAGACCAAGACCUACUUCCCGCACUUCGACCUGCGCCCCGGCUCCGUGCACCUGCGCGUGCACGGUGCCAAGGUGGUGGCCGCCCUGGGCGAUGCGGUCAAGAGCAUCGACAACGUCGCGGGCGCCCUGACCAAGCUGAGCGAGCUGCACGCCUACAUUCUGCGCGUGGACCCCGUCAACUUCAAGGUGGGCGCGGGGCCUGGGGUCCUGGCAGGGACGAGGAGCGCGGGAAGGGGCCCGGUCUCGGCCGAAGGUGCUCCGCCCCACCCCCAGAGCACGCGCUCCCGCACCCGGGCCGCUCACUGA